AUGCGCCGGCGUCUCCUCCAGACCUCCUCUGGUGUUGUUCUAUUUCUUGUGAGCAUGGUGCUCCUUUCCACGAGGCGUUCCGGCAUCCAGGAAGCGGUCGUCAACCAGAGACUUUCAGGAGGGAUAUCUGGCAGAUGGGCAUGGAGGGAGAUGAUGCUGGCAGGUGGGGCAGACUGGAGAAACAGGAGAGAGACUGAGCAUGGAAAACAACUCAAGGGCCACGAUGACGGUAUGGCGCAUUCUUCUGCUGGGAAAGGCCUCUUGCUGGAAGAGCUUUUCAUCGCUGUCAAAACAACCCAGAAGUUCCACCAGUCCAGGAUGGGAUUGCUGCUGGAGACCUGGAUCUCCCAGGUUAAAGGACAGGUUGGUAUAAGGGGGGGGAAAGGGUUAAAUGGACCGCUGACACCAGAAUGCCUAAGGGAAGAACCUGUGUGUGAUUCUCAUAUGCACUCAUGCGCAUGCAUUGCCUAGAACCAAAUGAUGCCUUAAGCCAGGAUUGGUCAUUUGGAAGCCUCAGGGCUGGAAACAUCCCCAGAUGUGAUUUGAUUUAGCCCCAAGCCCUGGUGUUGCCUGCUUUUAAUCAAAGCAUAGUAAAAAAGAAAAAUAAGAAAAGUGCCUGCUGUUUCACUUACAAAAAAGAGUAUGUUUUUACAACGAAGCUGCCUUAUACCAGAUUCUAGUCUUUCCACCGUUCAUUAUGCUGAUGGCCAUCUGUCUCAUUCAUCAUUUUAUUUUACCCAAGAAAAGUAACAUCAGUGUGUCUCUCGGAGAACUUCAAAGCAAGCCGAGGGAGCAAGCCACAUAGAUUUGGAGGAGACUGAUAAUGGGGGAGGGAGGGAUGCAGAGCAGAGCAUGGUGGUGUUUUUCUCAGGCUGGUUUGGAUCAACCCAGGAUUCCACCAAAUUGGGUGGAGGUAGCCGCUGGUCACUCUGGGUUGGAUAAGGUCCAGCUGAAGCAAUCUGGGGCUGGCAAAAGAGGUGCAGGAUCUGGUGGUAGCAAGAGGGGGGGGGAAGGAGAUAUAUAGGGUUUUAAACCUUAAUUAGACACUGUGCAAGGUGCUCAGAUUGGUUCAGAGUCUGGUGCCGAGUUGAGUUGGUCUCAGGUUGGAUUGGUGUCUCUUCAAAGUGCCCAACCAAGCCCUGAAUUGGAUCAGGGAGAGGCAUGCACAGCCUAACUGUUCUAACUAUGCUUUCUUUGUGUGGGAAAGGUUGUCCCUGGACUAGCUCCCCAAUGCCUCUCAGGGCUUUUUAAGCUGCCUUAGAAACACUGGCCUUCCAAAACACUUGUUUAUGAGCUUCUCCACAUGUUAAAGGUAAAUGGGCAAAACAUAUUUGGUGAGGCAGAUUUCAUACUGUUUUCACUCAUGAGGAAGGUAGAAUUGGUUGACUCUGAGGCAGACAAAGGAUUGCAUUCAUGUAAUGUGUGAAACAGGCCUAGGAAUUCAUACAUUCGUUUAUGUAUGAGUAUAUACUGUGCUUUUUUUACUUAAAAAAUGUUUAGGAGUACUCUCAUUUUCCUACUCAUAUUGAAAUACUGCUCCUCAAUGACAAACUUAGAUUCACAAAAUGUUUAGAUACCCCUGCAUUCCCCCAGAAAAAAGCACUGAGUAUAUAUCUCUCUCACACACAUAAAAAAGGGUAAAGGACCCCUGACAGUUAAGUACAGUCUCGAACAACACUAGGGUUGAGGCGUUCAUCUCGCUUUCCUGGCCAAGGGAGCCGACGUUUGUCCGCAGACAGUUUUUCUGGAUCAUGUGGCCAGCAUGACUAAGCCGCUUCUGGAGAAACCAGAGCAGCGCACGGAAAUGCCAUUUACCUUCCCGCCAGAGCGGUAACUAUUUAUCUACUUGCUUUCGAACUGCUAGGUUGGCAGGAGCUGGGACCAAGCAACAGGAGCUCACCCUGUCACGGGGAUUCGAACUGCAAACCUUCUGAUCGGCAAGCCCUAGGCUCAGUGGUUUAGACCACAGCACCGCCCGCGUCCCUCUCUCACACAUACACAAAGCAAAAUGUUGAGGACCUUGCAAAAUGUACACAGAUAGUUUGCCACCACACCAGCACUGAAUGCUCUUUCAGGGGUGGACAGUUCUGGUUGACAUAUCAUUUAGAAAUUCACAUCUCCAAUUGGUGAUUUAAGGAACGAAUGUGCCAUAUUCAGCCCUGCUAUAUUCCCAGCAAACGUGUUUUUUCUCCCCUCCCUCGUAUUUUUUGUUGUGGUUGCUUCGUCCCCCUGGUUCCUUUUCUUUAUGGCUGCCCCUCAGCUCUUUCAUUCUUCCAGAGACAAGAGGCUCACAAUAAAACCCAGGCUGGAUUUGUGAAAAGGCCUCGCCACCGCCAGGCCCAGGGGAGGCCCACGUGCCUGAGCGACUGUCUGAAUGACUUUGCCCAUAUUUCAGUACAUAAUGCAAGUACACUGUUUAACCAGCCUGCAGGCAGCUGGUGGGAAGAUUGUUUAAGGCUUGUGUCUCUCUCUUUCAGUCCCCUUGGCUUCUUGAAAGCCCAUUUUCCGCUUGAGAGGAGGUAUUCUUUGCUGGACGCGAUCCCCACUCUGCCCUUGGGAUGGAAGAACAUGCCACAUGAUGUUGUCGAGAGGGCCUGGGAGGGACUGCAGGGAAGAGGAGGAGGAGGAGAGUAGGGAAAACAGCAGAGAGCUUAUAGGUCUUUUACACACGAACAGAUGUUCUUUUCUGAAUUCAACUUUCCUUUCACUACAAAGCUUCUGUUUAAUCUGCUGUCAGAUAUCUUGCAAACAUCACAGCAGGAUUCUCGGGGGACAAACCUGAGCUAUUCGAUGGUCACCCCUUGGGCUCAUGAGUUAUUUAGGGAUGCUGGAUCAGACCAGGUUCUCCAGCCCCAGGCUGGUGACUAAAAGCUCAGUGUGAGCUGGCUCAGCACAAUGAAACCUAUAUAUUGAAAGCAUCUGUUCUACAAAAAUGACUCAUACCUAUAUCAGAUAUUAUUGGGGCUCCAGAGCCCUAGCAGAACCCCCUGGUGCUACAGUAGGCGCUUACACACUGCACCCCCCCCCCAAAGGAAAUACACCCCCCUCUCCAAAAUAGGUCAAAAGAGAACAUACAUUUGCAAAAACAAAACAAAAACCCACACAAGCAAAUUUAUAUCCAUAGAUAAAAAUCUAGAAGGACUAUAAGUUAAAUAAAGCAGGGUUUACUGCUAUGGGUAUGUGUAUGCCUGUUCAGUUUGCUGUAUAGGUUCUAAAUGUUUUCCCCCUCACAUAUUUUUUAUUGAAUUUUAAUAAGGACAAACAGGUGACAGAAAAAAAGAAACGAAGGGAAAAAAUAAAUACAGAUAAGUUGUCACAACUGCCAAUAAAGAAAUACAGGAAACAGUCAGUGCAAUAAUAAAACGUACUGAAAGGAAAAAGAUGCGUAGUUUAUAAUUGCAAUGAGUUCUGCAGUUUAAAUCAAAACAAUUAGAAAUUUUAAUUCAAAAAAAAUGAUAAAAUGUAUUCCAUCAAAACACCCGCAUAGACCUGUGGUAUCUGACACUCCUGUGCUUGUAUAUAAAAUAAAAUUAGAUCAAAUGGCAAAGCUGCGAUCUUGAACACUUGGGAACCCUGGACGCAUUUAGGUUAUGCAAUAUUUUUUCCAAGAAGGGUGAUUUGCCAAGUCUUGGAAUAGCAAUAGUCUAGAUUACUGAGAUCAAAAGUUCUGCAAAACUUGGCAGUUGUGGCUCUGGUUGCUGUCAAAGGAUGCAAAAUCAGUUUCUUGUUAUUCAGGUCUUGAUCCAAAUCUGCGAACAGAUUCAAAAGAGAAGACAAGGGGCGGGGUGAAUUUUGUCCAGUUAUCAAUGGAUUCUCAGAAAACACUUCCAUCAAGAACUCUUUUACCUUGAGGCAGUACCAUCACACAUGUCAGUAGGUUCCAAUACACUGGCACCCCAUCUAGCAUAAGGGAGGAAGACAUCUAUAUGGGGCCUUGAACCAGAGCAUUUUCCAGUCUUCUUCUAUCUGCACUCCACAGGUACUCACUCCUACUCUCCCCUGUUGUGGUUCUUUCACUUUAAACUGGGCUUCAACUGGACCACCCUCUAAAAAGAGAGCUCCUUCAAAUAGAGGACUAUCCUCUGACAGCCUUUCAAACAGAGGACUGACAUCAGUAAAGUAGGACACAUGGCCGCACUAACAGAGGCUGGUGCCUGCCCUGCCCAAACGUCAUGCUGAUCUGGGGCACUGUGGAAAAUUGAAAAUGGCUGUCCACAACUACUGCCAGAUGAUCAUGCAUCUGAGGAAGUGCCCGAGAAGACACUUUGCUGAAAUCCCUUUCAUAACUGAAGCUGGCCACGAUCUAUCUAUGUUGCAUUUGUUUUAAAAGCAAUUUCUCAAUGGGUGAGGUAAAAAAGGUAAAGGUAAAGGUACCCCUGCCCGUUCGGGCCAAUCUUGCCAGACUCUAGGGUUGUGCGCUCAUCUCACUCUAUAGGCCGGGAGCCAGCGCUGUCUGCAGACACUUCCGGGUCACGUGGCCAGCGUGACAAGCUGCAUCUGGCGAGCCAGCGCAGCACACGGAACGCCGUUUACACUCAACACCAAAACACUUGCUGAGUUGGGGGUGGGGUGAAUGCCAUUCUACAAAGAUGUUAGUGACCUGUUCCACUGAAUGAUCAACACCCUCAAAAAACCGCAGCAUGCAGGGUCCUUUGGGAAACACCAGCUUCAGAUCCAUCUGAAUUUUUUUCAGCACAGAACAAACAAGCAUUCAAAGACCGGAUUUCAAAAGAUUAUCAGCUAAUCAAUUAAUCAGCAAAGGGGAGCGUGAGUCUCUCUCUCUCUCUCUCUCUCUCUCUGCAAAGAAGCUGGGUCAAAUACUUACUUUCCAUCAUCAUAUAGCACUUUAAAAAAUAUCAGAACUUGUUACAACCUCUAUUUUGCCGCAUCUCUGUGAGAUGGGGGCAUUAUUAUUCCAUUUGUACAGAUAAAACACUUUCUGAGUGUUCAAAGCAUUUCACAUUCAUUACUUCAGUAAUAAUCUCAUAUGACGCAUAGCCACGGUGGAGAGAGUUAUGUGGCUUGUCACUGGAUGGCAGGUAUGGAACUCAGCACAUUUUAGGCACUGGAAUAACCCUUCUCUCUUCUUUUUCCUCAGACACAUGUCUUCACUGAUAAAGAAGAUGAUGAGCUACGGGAAAAACUGGGUAAUCCGGCCUUUAGUGUUGUGCAAGAUCUGGAAACUGACUUCUGUAAACUGUGUGUCAGGAAUGCUUGGGUAAUAGCAUCCCUACACGGCUGACCGUGGGAAAGGGUUAUAGCUCAGCCACAGGGCACAUGCCUUGCAUGCAGAAGUCCCAGGUUCAGUCUUGCAUCUCUGAAUGAGGUCUGGGGAAAACAUUUGGGGUGUGUGUUGUGGCUGCUCCUCCCAUUAUUUCUGGGUUGAAUCGAAUGAUUUAUUUCCUGGUAGUGUGCAUAUAUGCGGUUGUGUGUGAGGCGAUCGCGUGAAAGUGGGGGAGGGGACGCCUAUACUGUAAUAGAUGGGAUAACUCAGUCUUGACUCAGGGCUCAUACAUACAUCUACUUGUCCCGGGCUGCCUAGACAUGGGCCUGAGUGGUUCUGCCUUUGUCCCGCUGCUCCCUCCCGGAAAACUCACUCUUUAGUGCUAAAUCGGAACAAACAGCAAUGUAUGGAAAACCCGAUUGCUAUUUGUUCUGAUUCAGCCCUAAACUGCAGGUUUUCUCUGGGAAAAGUGACACGGCAAGAGGAAAACUGCUUGGACUCAUGCAUUCGAGGCACAGGAGAAGCGAAAAUGUGGACAAGCCCUAAGACUGGGGAGACCCAGGUUCAAGUCCCUGCUCAGCCAUAGAACUCACUAGGAGACCUGAUGAGGGGCAUUCAGUUUGACUGUCUGUUGGACUAUGCUCAAUCUUCUUCUUCUUCUUCUUCUUCUUCUUCUUCUUCUUCUUCUUCUUCUGUUUGUAUACCACCCUUCAUCCAAAGAUCACAAGGCAGCUCAAACAUAAAAUAAUAAUUAUUAUAUGCAAAUCAAUAUAAGUGAGUCUAUUCUGGAUCUAUUCUGAGUAUGACUUAAGGCUGUCUGUUCCAAGUCUGGUGUACAGAUAAAGAACCCUGAGAAUGAAGAGCCAUAUCAACCAUCAGACCUGGAGAACAGACUGAGCAGGCACUCAGGUAGCUGGACAUAGUCUUUUCCACUUUGGUGAGAUGUGCUGAGUUUCUAUUUAAAGAAUACUACUUAUUUCUAAAUUUGCAUGUAUACAUAUCUGCACAUUUAAUGCAAAUUGGCACCUUUUCUACUCCCCCGAUAUGUUUCCUCUUUAUUGGUGAUGCAGAAAUCUCCACCCAAGGCUUACUUCUGCGUAGACAUGCGUAGACUUGCUCUGGCAUCGCCAGUUCCAAUCCAAAUCCGCUUAAUCGACAAGGUCCUCAAGGUCAAAUACUAUUAUGCUUGGCCCUUCAGCUAUCAAGUAAUUAGUAAUUUCAUUUACCGCAGCUUGUGCAGUUCUCCAGAAACACUGAAUUAAUGGGCAGAGCCAAAAAAUAUGACAUAAAAUCUGCAGGUAUUGAACUGCAACACCAGCUAACAAUCUGUGUUUAGUAAAUACAACAAACAGAGCAAUCCAAACCCCCAAUCUAUCCACUGGAAGAAGUUUAGAGGAGUUGGAGUGGAGGUAUCUCUCUAUACCCUUGCCUUGCCUUGACUCUGCUGACCUCCACCAAUGGCAGGGAAGCCCCAGCAGUGAGGAACAGCUCAGUGAACCACCCAAAUAGCAAGUAAGUGGAAGCUACCAUCAGUGGUAUCUCUGCUACCAGUAGCAUUUCAGGGGAAGGGCUGGACUGGGUCUAUACAGGAUCUGCUGGAUCCUGAGCUGGUCCUACUGCUUUCAUGUGUUGAAAGCAUGCCGGAUCUGGGCCUUCCCUUGUUUCUUUCUUAUUAAUAGCUUUUAAAUACAAAAACCAGCAUGGAUCAUACAGGUUUUGAUACAAAGGAACUAAGGAAAACUGGGUAAGCACAGGGCUAUUUACAGAUGAUAUAGAAGCGUGUAGGUUGUAUACGAAAUCCAUCUAUAAGCAAGACAAAAAUACCGUACGUAGAUUGACCUAGACAGGAAGGAAAAAUCAUAGAUAAGCAGGAAGUGAAGUUACACAUAAUUUCAAAUAAAGUCCAAGUAUUUUGGUACAUAGUUUUUGAGGAUCAUGUGACAUAUAAUUUUAAAACGGCCACAAACAGUUGCAAAAUCUCCUAGAUUGCCCUCGCCUCAUUGUACUUUCAAAUUUUAUGUUAUUUUUUCAGAAACUGCAAUAAAGUUUUUUAUAUAUAUAUAUAUUGCAUGUCUAAGUUUAGAUUCUUUGCAUCCUUCGAGUUCUGAGAUAUGGUGAAACUCGCAGCCCACCAACAUAAAAAUGAUCAAGUCCUUUGGAUGAAGUUUCUUAGCCCAAUCAGUAAAAACCAGACAAUUAAUAUCAGCAUGUGUUGUCAGGCUCAUUGCACAUUAACACUGCUAUCCAAUUUCCCCCCACAACUGGGCAAUACUAUUUACCGAUUACGGAAGAUCUGGACCUUUUUGCUGCACCAGCCUGAGAGCUGGUGGAGCAAAGAGCCAUUUUUCUGCCCCACUUCCCCCGCCCAGCUGUUGUGAGUAGUGGGGCAGUGGAUGUUGUGGUGGCUGUGCUGCCCCCAUGAAGCUCUGUCUCUAUUGGCCAGGGCUUUGGAUUACUCUGUGUGAUGUUAACUAGGUGUACCACUGCUAUUGGGUGGGAUUCACGGAAUGAGUCCUGUCAUCAGAAGCCACUUGCAAGGAUUUCCACUUGAGCAACAAGGUCCCACCCUCCUCCCAUGCCCCAGGCCCCCCAAAUUGGGGUCAAGAGAACCCCAAGAAGAGCACACAGGACGAGGGGAAGGAAGAUCAUUCCGUCUGGCAAGCUGAAAUAAAAUCAGAAGACAGCGACCUUGAAUUCCCCCUGAAGAGUUAUUUUUUUUAAGGUUGAUAUUCAAUGCUAGUCCUACUCAGAGUAUACUCACUGAAGUUAAUGGACAUGAGUAAUGUAGGUUCAUUAAUUGCACUUGGUCUCCUCUGAAUAGGGCUUAGCUGAAUACCACUCAUAGAUUUUAAACUGUCAGAUCACAAUAUUGGAAGCACAGCGUUUAUUAUUAUUUUUGUACCAUAAAUCCAUUGUAGUUGCUCUUUUGUUGCCGCCAUUUUCUCUCCAGAUGAGGCUUCUGUUAAGGAGGUCCUAACUCAUUCCCCCAGCUCUCAGAACCUCAAUAUCAUGUUGCUGAGAAAAUGAGAUCCUUUCCCUGACUAACGCUAUCAUUGCUAAUGUGAUUACUAUGCAGAAGGUAAUUGGCAACUCUUGUCAGCACCCCCUUGGGUAGUGCCUGGGAGGAGAAUAAUGACCAUCAACGAACCAAUGCCAUUAUCUGACUUUGCUUGAUGAGCACUCCCUCGCCUGGUUUUGCUUAUCAAUAAUUUGACUAGGUGUUCAACAAUGAAAUGGGGUUGGGUUUUUUUUUUACGAAGGUAAUACAACUUUGAACUACUGAUUCUACUUCGCUCUGUGCUUUCUAGCUAGUGAAACAGGAAGGAAGGAAGGAAGGAAGGAAGGAAGGAAGGAAGUCCCUUCACUUUACAAUUCCAGCUCAGGCAUGCUCAGCCAGUGCCUGCAAGCUGCUGUACAGAGCUGCCUUUUCAGCUCCUACUUAGGGGUGCAAUUGGCAGGACAUCUGAUAAACUACAGUACUGGGGAAAGCCGUUGCCCAAAUGCAUUGUGGUUCUGAGAUCUUGGGCAAGGGUAAACAAGCUUCACUGGAAGUACUACAAAUAGUUUUGUUUUUAAAUCUAGAACUAUCCACAGUACUCCUGCAGAGACCAGAAGAGACCUGUAUCUUCUACAAAAUCAAGAGGUGGUAAAGGGAGUGAUUCAGUCUUGGUGCACAACUAGGGGAUUACGGACAGAUCUGUCAGGACAGAACAUGGCAAUAUUCAACACCUGUAGAGCAGGGUGGGGGAUCUGUGGCCUUCCAGAAGUUGGUAGAUUACAAAUCUCAUCAGCUCUGACCUUUGUUGGCUGAAGCCGAUGGGAACUGGAGUUCAACAGUAUCCGGAAGGCCACAGUUUCUGCACCCCUGCUUCAUUUAUUUAUUCUUAUUUAUUUCAAUAAUUUAUAUACUGCUUUAUGCAGUAGUUUUGACAUGUUGUACGAUGAAGACACAAAGGAGAUACAAAGGAUGAAAUCAGUAAAAUUAACCACACAAUCAGAAAAGUUUACUUAAAAUGCCUGCUGGGUAAAAAAGAAAAGACUUCACCACGCAGCGUAAGUUUAGUAGUGAGGCAGGCCUGCUUGAUCUCAAUCAGGAGGGAAGUCCACAGAGUUGGGCCCAUGAUACUCAUGGCAUGGUUGCUGGUCAUUGCGAGCUGUGCGACUGACUGGUGGAUGACCACUAACAGCAACUCUGCUCAUGACCUCCAUGAUCAGGCAGGGACAUUAGGAAUCAUGCAGUCCAAUCACCCUGGAUCCAAGUUCUUAAGGGCCUUGCGAAUUAAGAACCUUGAAAUUGGACUCGUACCAUAUGGGCAGCCAGUGCACGCUUUUAAUCGCCAGAGUUAUUUGCUGGUGGUAGUCUGUCCUCUCACAAGUAGUCUAGCUCCAGCAUUUUGCACUGGUUGGAAAUUCCAGCCCAGCCCCAAGUGUAGCCCCACAAAGGGCGUACUGCAGUAAUAAAGUCUUCACAUUCCCAAUGCUUGAAUUAGGAUCCCUGUCCAAGAAUGGCUAUAGUUUCUGUACUAAUCAUAGUUGAUGAAAGACACUGCUAGUCAGGCUCUGAGCUUCCAGUGACAAAGAUGCAUCCAGUAGACUCCCAAACUAUGAAUCUUUUAUUUCAAAGUCCAACCCCACAUAUAGCAGGUAACUGGGCAAUGUCUGUCUUACCCUGUAUCUCAACUUAUGGGGUGUCUAAUUCAAGAUAUACCAGAAUUCUUACUUCUCAUUGAGCAUGGUUGUAUCUAGUUUUAUUAUUUGGUGCAGCAGCUAAGAAAAUUUGAGCAAAUAUCUUGAAGGAAAUACCAGUGAAUUUGAAAAGGUGAUUCACUUGAGUAAGCUAAGUCAAGCGUAAUCACUAAGAGUCUUUAUUAAGGAUUUAUUUUAGCAAUGGCUUUUACAUUAAAUGAGAAUUGGGAAGCUCAAUUGGUCAUGGUUUCUUGCCUUCCAGACAUUUUACUUUUUUAAAAAAGCUACCAUUUGCAAUGGCCUGUGGCUUCAAGCAAUAAACACUGACUGAGUUUCUGACUGCUUCUCACUAAAAUGGUGACUCUUUGGAGCCAGCAGACUUAAGACAGUUAUUGCAGCAAGCCUUCCUCUGUUCACUGUGUACUCAUGCUUAUUUAAAAAACCAUGGUGAGCUUUCCUCUCAUCUAGGCUAUUCCCACCCCACUCUCUAAAUCAUGGGUUGCUAACAUGGCUAGCACCAUGGGAGCACAUUUGCCCACAGAAGCCUUCCCUGGCCGCCCCAGGAUCUUGCCCCCGAGCCCCUCUCUGCUGAAAUGAGGUUUGAAAGAAGUCUUUUGUUGCGCACACACAUGUGUGCAUUGCUGUAGUGCAUGUGCAGCUUCAGGGCAUGUUUGGUGCAACAGUUUCUCUCAUUUGCAAAUGUGCCCAAAGGCCUGAAAAUGUAGGGGAGCCCAGCUGGAUUAUCACAAUGUGCCCUAAAUGGGGCUGCCCUCGAAGAUGACUCAGAAACUUCAGCUAGUCCAAAAUGGAGCAGCCAGAUUACUGGCUGGGGUUCCCUUUAGAAUUCCUAUACCCCUUGUUUUAAAACAGCUUCAUUGGUUGCCAGUUCAUUCUGGGGGUGCAACUCAAGGUGCUCAUGUAAGUAUUUAAAGCCCCAAGACCCUACAUAUCUGAAAUAACACCUCCUUCUCUACAAACACUCUUAGGUGUUAAGAGACUGGAAGAGGCAGCCAACUUGAAAGUACUCUGGGGGUGGGGUGGGGGAGAAAGGACAUUCUCUGUGGCAGCCCCUAAGUUGUGGAACUUCCUCCCCACAGAGGUGUCUCUGGUAGCUUCACUAUACAGUUUUCAAUGAAUGUUGAACAUGCACCUCUUUAUGCUGGCCUUUGAUGCUUGAGAUGUAUACUUUUAGGACCCACCCUAUUCUUGUGUCUGUAGUUUCUUUUAAACUGUUUUUAACGUUUCAUUUUAAAUUGUUGUGAUGUGCCCUGGGACCUUAGGGUGAAACGUGGGUUAAUGAAAAUAAUAUACAAACUGGCUUAUUCUAUUUAUAUCAUUCUCACCACUGCACAAUGACCCUGUGAGGUAGAUAGCUGGGAGAAAGUGACGGGCUGAAUGUCACUCGAGGAGCUUUCAUGGUUGAGUGGGAAUUUGAACCUAGGUCUCCUUCAGUUCUGGUCACUAUGCUGAACUGCUGCAGAGCAUUGCUGUGGUACGGAAGACUUGGAGAUGUACUGCACAAAGAUGCCCUUUGCACUGGGGAAAGGUCUCCCAUCUUUGUCUUGUUGAGGGUAUAAGCUUGUCUGUGUUUGAAGUUGCUUUAAAUAAAUCAAAAUAGGUCCAGGAACCCAUCCAGAAAGCGUUUCUCCUUUUCCCAUUAGGUGAUCACGUGAUCAUCACAAACUGCUCUGCAGAGUACAGUCAUCCAGCACUUUCUUGCAAAAUGGCGGCGGAGUUUGAUGCCUUUUUGGUUAGCGGCCUAAGGUGAGCAAAUGGACUUGAGUUGGGAGAUGUGACAUGGGAUGGAGUCCAUUUCUGUCCAAGUUUAGUGAGAUUAUUUAUUGACAUAUAAAUGUUGUCAAUAAAAGUAAACACUUGUUCUCCAUAGUUGGCUUUUUGUGGUCUAGUUAUCCAAAGCUCCAUUCAAACUGUAGUUUGCCUCUGCAAAAUUGUCCUAGGAGGGAGCCACUAAUUGGAGCCAUCUGAGAUCACUCAGGAAAUGCAAACGGCAUUUAGCAUAGGUAGCAUAAGGAGUCAGCUCCCUCUGAUCAACAUGGACUACAGAGCAAUUGUCUGCUUGCUCCAGGUGGUGAAUGCCAAGGUUAGUAAAUUAAACUGCGUACGGCAAUGACUCAGUGACAGAAGUGCAGUUAUACCAACCAUGAAUCAAGUGGCGCCUAGAUUUAACUGGUGCGAUAGAUGCCAAGAAACUGUUCAACAGCUAACUAUGACAGGGCAGUCUGGUCCACUAGGGCAAAUGGGACACAACCCAAGCAACUCAGUCUGCGCUCAGCCAACCACCAACUGCUUGUUUUCUUUCUUACAAUUUGUGUGAGUGUGUGCUUGCACGCCUGUGCCUCUUAUUGGCUGUGGCUCCACUCACUGUUGUUCUCCCUGCCUUCUACCCUACCAGUCCCAAUGGGCAGCAACCACCAUUGUUAUGGAAUCAAGUUGAAAUUAUAUUCUCCUCUUGAAUCUACCGGCUGUGCAUUUCUCCUCCUUCUCCAGCUGGUUUUGCCACCUUGAUGACGACAACUACCUGAACCCACAAGCUCUGCUCAAGCUCUUGUCUUCCUAUUCUCCGGACCAAGAUGUGUAUAUUGGGAAGCCCAGCUUGAACAGGCCAAUUCGUGCCUCAGAAGCUUCGCCUAACAAUCAGACAGUAAGUCCAACCCCUUUAUUUCAGGAGUAAACAGCAGGUUGGCUGGGAAUUCUAAGGGCAGCUAGGUGAGCUUCUGCACCCCAAACAAUAACAACAUCUGGUUUAUCACAGUUACAACUGCUUUGAGGAGAGAGAAGAAUGUAUACCAGGCUGAUCUUAGGAGCAAAUGUUGGGUUCCUAUCAUAAAUUUCAACAAAACAUUGAAACUCCUCUGCAUUCCACCCUUUGCCUAUAAGGGAAGAAACUGCAUAGCUCAGUGGUAGAGCAUGUAUGCUGAAUACCCAACAUCUCCAUUUUUCCUUCUUUCAGAAGUCAGUGUAUUUUUGGUUUGCCACUGGAGGUGCUGGAUUCUGCAUCAGCAGGAAGCUGGCCCGAAAGAUGGCUCCCUGGGCAAGGUGAGCAGUGACCACUAAAAGAUCUUGUAUGAAUGUCUCUCAUUUCACAUCUUCCUGCAAUGGCUGGAGUGGGGAACCUGUGGCCUUUCAGAUGUUGUUGAACUCCAGCUCCCAUCAGCUCCAGCCAGAAUGGCCAGUGGUCAGGGACAAUACAGAUUUGCGUAAAGUUUGCAUCUGCUGAUUUAUAUGUAUGGAAGCACAUUGAGCCAACUGUCUGAGGGAAAGCUGCUCUGCAAGUGAAGUUUUAACAAUUAACCCCCUGAGCCAUCCCUUAACAAUGCUCCUGGAUGGGAGGUUAAUAGAUGUAAAUGAAGAUGAACAUUUGCUGAAGUGUGCGCCUGCACUCACUGUAUCUUUCUUUCUUUCUUUUUUUCAAAUGAUAUUUAUUGAAAAAUUUUUUAGAAUUACAAAAGAAAACAAAGUAGAAAAAGAGAAAGAAAAAACAAAGAAAAAACAAACCACAUCAAACAAUACAAACUAGAAUCAUAGAAUCAUAGAGUUGGAAGAGACCACAAGGGCCAUCGAGUCCAACCCCCUGCCAAGCAGGAAACACCAUCAGAGCACUCCUGACAUAUGGUUGUCAAGCCUCUGCUUAAAGACCUCCAAAGAAGGAGACUCUACCACACUCCUUGGCAGCAAAUUCCACUGUCGAACAGCUCUUACUUCCAGGAAGUUCUUCCUAAUGUUUAGGUGGAAUCUUCUUUCUUGUAGUUUGGAUCCAUUGCUCCGUGUCCACUUCUCUGGAGCAGCAGAAAACAACCUUUCUCCCUCCUCUAUGUGACAUCCUUUUAUAUAUUUGAACAUGGCUAUCAUAUCACCCCUUAACCUCCUCUUCUCCAGGCUAAACAUGCCCAGCUCCCUUAGCCGUUCCUCAUAAGGCAUCGUUUCCAGGCCUUUGACCAUUUUGGUUGCCCUCCUCUGGACACGUUCCAGUUUGUCAGUGUCCUUCUUGAACUGUGGUGCCCAGAACUGGACACAGUACUCCAGGUGAGGUCUGACCAGAGCAGAAUACAGUGGCACUAUUACUUCCCUUGAUCUAGAUGCUAUACUCCUAUUGAUGCAGCCCAGAAUUGCAUUGGCUUUUUAGCUGCCGCGUCACACUGUUGGCUCAUGUCAAGUUUGUGGUCAACCAAGACUCCUAGAUCCUUUUCACAUGUACUGCUCUCAAGCCAGGUGUCACCCAUCUUGUAUUUGUGCGUCUCAUUUUUUUGCCCAAGUACAAUACUUUACAUUUCUCCCUGUUAAAAUUCAUCUUGUUUGUUUUUGCCCAGUUCUCUAAUCUGUCAAGGUCGUUUUGAAGUGUGAUCCUGUCCUCUGGGGCCACCCCUCCCAGUUUGGUGUCAUCUACAAAUUUGAUCAGGAUGCCCUUGAGUCCAUCAUCCAAGUCGUUGAUAAAGAUGUUGAAUAAGACCGGGCUCAAGACAGAACCCUGUGGCACCCCACUAGUCACUCUUCUCCAAGAUGAAGAGGAACCAUUGAUGAGCACCCUUUGGGUUCAGUCAGUCAGCCAGUUACAAAUCCACUGAGUGGUAGCAUAGUCAAGACAGCAUUUUACCAGCUUCUUUACAAGAAUAUCAUGGGGCACCUUGUCAAAUGCCUUGCUGAAAUCAAGGUAGGCUACAUCCACUGUGUUCCCUUCAUCUACCAGGUUUGUAAUUCUGUCAAAAAACGAGAUCAGGUUAGUCUGACAUGACUUAUUUUUCAGAAAUCCAUGCUGACUAUUGGUGAUCACAGCAUUCCUUUCUAGGUGCUCACAGACUGUUUGCUUAAUGAUCUGCUCCAGAAUCUUCCCUGGUAUUGAUGUCAGACUGACUGGGCGGUAAUUAUUUGGGUCCUCUCUUUUCCCCUUUUUGAAAAUAGGGACAACAUUUGCCCUCCUCCAGUCUGCCGGGACUUUGCCUGUUCUCCAGGAAUUCUCAAAGAUGACUGCCAGUGGUUCUGAGAUCACAUCUGCCAGUUCUUUUAAUACUCUUGGAUGCAGUUCAUCUGGCCCUGGAGACUUGAAUACAUCUAAACUAGCCAAGUAUUCUUGUACUAUCUCCUUAGUUAUUCUGGGCUGUGUUUCCUUUGCUGAAUCAUUUGCUUCAAAUUCUUCAGGUCGGGCAUUGUUUUCUUUAUCGGAGAAGACUGAGGCAAAGAAGGCAUUGAGGAGUUCAGCCCUUUCUGUGUCCCCUGUUUGCAUUUCACCAUCUUCUCCUCUGAGUGACCCCACUGUUUCUUUGUUCUUCCUUUUGCUACGAACAUACCCAUAAAAGCCUUUUUUGUUGCUUUUAACCUCUCUAGCAAGCCUAAGUUCAUUCUGUGCUUUAGCUUUUCUGACUUUGUGCCUACACGUGCUGGCUAUUUGUUUGAAUUCCUCUUUGGUGGUUUCCCCCCUUUUCCAUUUUUUGUACACAUCCUUUUUUUAAUCUUAACUCAGUUAAAAGUUCUUUAGAUAGCCACCCUGGCUUCUUUAGCCACCUUCCAUGUUUCCGUCUCAUUGGUAUUGCCUGACGUUGUGCUUUUACUAUCUCCCUCUUAACAAACUCCCAGCCAUCAUGAACUCCCUUUCCUUUUAGUAUUACUGUCCAUGGGAUCUCACCCAGCACUUCCCUAAGUUUUAUGAAGUCGGCUUUCUUAAAGUCAAGAAAUUGAGUCCUAGUAUGCUUGGCUGCUCCUUUCCUCUGUAUAGUAAACUUCAGAAGAGCAUGAUCACUCGUGCCUAAUGAUCCUUCCACUUCUACCCCACUAACCAGGUCAUCAACAUUGGUUAGGACCAGAUCUAAAAGGGCUGUUCCUCUUGUUGCUUCUCCCACUUUCUGGACAAUGAAGUUGUCUGCAAGGCCAGUGAGGAAUCUGUUUGACCUUAUGCUCUUGGCUGAGUUUGACAUCCAACAAAUAUCCGGGUAAUUGAAGUCCCCCAUUACUACUAUCUCCCUUCCUUUUGCAUGCUUGGCCAUCUGUUCCAGGAAGGCAUCAUCUAUGUCCUCCGUUUGGCUUGGGGAUCUAUAGUAAACUCCCACAAUGAGGUCACUGUUAUUCUUCUCUCCUUAAUUUUGACCCAAAUGCUCUCACUUUGGCUUUGAGGUUCUAAAUCUUGGAUCUCUUCACAGGUAUACACAUCCCUGACAUAUAACGCCACUCCUCCUCCUUUCUUGUCUGGUCUGUUUCUCUGAAAUAGAUUGUAUCCCCCAUUAUUACAUUCCAAUCGUGGGACUUAUCCCACCAGGUUUCAGUGAUGCCUAUUAUGUCAUAUUUAGUUUGCUGUACCAAGAGCUCAAGCUCAUCUUGUUUAUUUCCCAUGCUUUGCGCAUUAGUGUACAGACAUUGAAGUCCAUUAAUCAUUCCCCCGUGUCUCUUAUUUAAAGAUUUUUUCCUCCCACCACUAGGUCUGCAUGCUGUUUGCUCCAUUUGGUCUAUGACAUUUGGAUGAUCAUCUUCAUCAAUUGAUAGACUCCUACCCUCAGGAGCACUGUCUCCCUCCCCCACAUUAGUCAGUUUAAAGCCCUCCUGAUGAAGUUUCUGAGAUUUUUGGCAAAACAUUUCUCCCAACCGUUGUGAGGUGCAGCCCAUCGCUUGCCAGAAGUCCAUCUUCAAGAAACUGCAGUCCGUGAUCUAAGAAUCCAAACCGUUCCUGUUUACACCAUUUCCGAAGCCAGCUGUUCACUUCCACUAUUUUUCCCUCUCUCCCUGGGUCACGUCGUUCAACUGGGAGGACAGAUGAGAUCACAAUUUGUGCAUUUAAUUGCUUCAAUUUCCUGCCCAGAGCCUCGUAGUCUCUUUUGAUCUUCUGGAGGCUAUUGCUUGCAGUGUCAUUGGUUCCCACAUGAACCAAGAGGAAGGGGUAUUUGUCAGUGGGUUUUAUAAUUCCUUGCAGUCGUUCAGUUACAUCUUGGAGCUUAGCCCCGGGGAGACAGCACACUUCCCGAGACAUCUUGUCAGGCCCACAGAUCACUGCUUCUGUUCCCCUCAGUAGGGAUCCCCUAUCACCACUACACGCCUCCUCUUAGGUUUGGUCGGGGUUCUUCUGUGAGCUGUCCGUUCCAAGGUCGCCUGCACAUUCUCUGAGGACUGACUUUGCUGCUCGUCUUCAUAUACCUGAUCGACUGUAAUGAGGGAGAGAUCCUCAAAUGGAGUCUGCUCUUCGUCUUCCAUGCUAGGGGAGAGGACCUCAAAGCGAUUGUGUAUUUCUAAACAAUCAGAGCGAACCCUGGGCCUCCUACUUCUUUGAGUCACGUUUCUCCAUAUAUCUGGCUCCUGUGUUGGUGAACUAGCCUCCUUCUCAGGGAGUCCCCUGUCUCCUCCUUGGUGGAGACGGUGUGCUCUGUUGCUUCCAAGAAGAGCUCCAGCUCUCUAAUUCUUUGGAGCGUAGCUACACGUUCCUCCAGUUGCUGGACUUUGUCUUUUAAGAGGGCAAUCAACAUGCAAUUGCUGCAGGUAAAGCUGCCUGCAACCUUUGGCAAGAUGGCAAACAUUGCGCAGGAACCACAGGCGACUGCAGCUGUUCCCUCCCCCUCCAUCUUGAGAACGUGUCGUUGGGGGUGGCUACAGCAGUCCUCCAUCAUAAAAAGCGUGAAGACAGGACAAAUAACUCCCCCCCCAAAAAACCUAGGUCUCCCCCAACAAACGUUUGAGACUAGCUCCCCUAAAUCUAAAAGAUGGAUCAAACUGCCGGUGCCCUGCAAGCUCUGAUAAGCUCCUCCCACAGCUAAUCACCUGCCUCAACAGAAACCCUGCCCCCUCUGACCUUUGCACAGGGAGAGUAGCUAAUCAGCCACAAAGAAACACACACAAGAAAACCCUUUUUGCUCCUUCUUCAACUGCUCCUUCUUCAAAUUAAUAAAAAUCAAAAUAAAAAAAUAUACCACAAACAUUUAAAAACAGAUCCGAUAUUCUCAAAUCCUUAACUGUCAUUACCUUCUUUCUUUGACCUCCUCCUCCCUUUUUUUGUAUCGUAGUUAUUACUUGUCGCAGCAAAUCCUUUCCAUAUUUCAUAAUAUUCUGUCAUUACAUUACCUUAAUCUAUUUUAAUCUUAUCUUACUAUAAUAAAACCUUAAAACUUAAAACUUAAAUCUUAUUUUACCAAUUUCUCAUAACCAUAAUAUUCUUACAUAAUUCUUUAAAUAUUUUUGCUAAAGCCAAAUAAUUUCGUUCCAACAUUUUUCUAACAUUCAUCAAUUUUAUAAAAGAAUCCUAAUAAAAAAAAUAAAAACAAUCCAAUCUUCAUCCAGCGUCUCUUCCUCCUGGUCCCGGGUUUUGUCAGUCCUCUCUAUCCCAUCAGUCUAGCGCAUUAACCUGGUAAUCUUAUAUCCGAGGCCCUUAAGUCCCUUCCAUGUCCCUUCCGCGGCUCUUCUUCAUAUUUAUAGCUGUAUUUUCCUUUGUCUCCUGCUCCUUUCACUCGUGGGAACUCCAGCUUAACAAUAUUUUUGACCCUUCUCGACAAAUCAGCCCCUUUUCCAUAGUCCACACUAAACUCCAUGUGGUAUUUAAGAACAUGUUUCAAAGUCCCUCCAAAUUUAAGAGCCCGCACAACCCCAAACAUCUCACGGCCCAUUACCAGACUUGAAAAGUCCAAACAUCCCUGCGUAGGGGGGUCUAUCCAACCCCCCAUUUCCAAACCAAGCCAAACUUUAUCUUUCCAAAUCUGGCUUUUUCCAAGUUCAUUUGUCAAAUCCAAGAACUCAUGUUCCUGCUGGGCCGCAGCUCCCUCCAUCUCUGGCGCCCGAGGUUCAGCAACAUCCUCUUCCCUCAUCUGUUCUGUCAGGGCACACUCCUGAUUUGAUUCCUGGGUGGGCUCUAUAUAAUUUCCCACUGCCUGUUCAAAAUUUCUGAUCACAUCAGUCAUCAAAUCCGUCUUCUCAUGUAGCUGUUCCAGUAGGGCACUUGUUUUACAGAGAGCACACAGCAGAGCUUCUGAAUACAUUGUCCUGCAAGGUCAGAAGUCUAUUCCCACGAUCGUAAUCUGUAGCAGCUGCAAGCUCCCCGAUUCAGAAUUGGUUACAGUUUCACAGGCUCCCUCUAGGGGAAAAACUUCUAUUUGUUCUUUUCUUUUAAAGGCAGAUCUAGCAACAAAGUUUCCUUUUUCGGAUAUUUUGUCAAUAUUUGUUCCUUUAAAAUGUGAAAGGGAGCAAUGGAAUCACUAUGUUUCUCUUCUUUUAGCUAUCUGUCAAAAACGUUUGUCUCUGGUCAAUGAGCUUCAAAAGACGUCAGUCCUGACACCCUGCUCCAGGAUCAAGACGGUGGAAAGUUACUUUGCUUUACACUCACUUCUGCAGGUUUAAACAGUCCCCCCAAAAAAUCCCCCCUCUUCUCCUGCUUCCGAAGGGGGUUCAACAAUUUUAAAUGGUGAAAGUUAAUCCUUUACAAGCGAUUUUCUGAACUCUAGUUUGCCAUGUCUUUGCUUUAAUCUAUCUACAAAGAAACGGAAGGCUGACUUCCUGUUUAGACCUUCCCGUUUCAGUACCAAAUUGAAAUAAACUUUUAAGUCCAAUUUUCCUUUCUACUCGCAAUUCCUUAUUUAGAGUCCAAUUGUCCGAAAUUUAAGUACUCACGGUGAUUGUUUUAAAAGCCAAAUUUGCAUGGGCACGCUGUAGGGAUCAGACAGUCCUUAAGGUACUUUGGACCCAAAUUGCUCAGGGCCUUGUGAAUUAACACAAGAAUCUUGAACCUGGCGCUGUGGCAAAUCAGCAACCAGUGCAGGUCUCUCGGUAGUAGAGUAACAGGCUGUUGGUAGUCUGUUCCUGUGAGCAGGUUGGCUGCUGCCUUCUGUACUCGUUGCUGCUGCCAGACCAGAUACAAGGGCAGCCCCACAUAAAGCGUCUCACAGUAAUCACAUAUUGAGGCUACCAAUGGAUGGGUGACUGUGAUCAGGCUGUCGUGGUCCAGGACUAGUCGCAAGUGGCGUACCAGCCAGAACUUACAAAAGCACUCCUGGACUCAGAGGUCACUUGGGCCUCUAGGGAUAGUGGUGGAUCAAUGAGUACCCCCCAGACUAAACAUUGGAUGAACUUUCUGGAAGGAAGAGCUGUUAGGCAGUGGAAUGGUCUUCCUCAGGAGACCGUGGACUCUCCUUCCUUGGAGGUUUUUAAGCAGAGGUUGGAAGGCCAUCUGUUAUGGAUGCUUCAGCUGAGAUUCCUGCAUUGCAGGGGGUUGAACCUUGGGGUCCUUUCCAGCUCUAUGAUUCUAUGAUUCUAUGACUGUUACAACAGGAAUGACAUGUUUUGGGCCUUUGGCAAUAUCUUAGAACUCUCCAGUGCUUAAAAAAAAAAAAGGAAACUGAUUUGAAAACAGGUGCAGACUUUCUAAAUGGCAAAUGAAUAUGCAUGAUGUUGGUCAGCCAAAGGUGAUGGCAACCUUUGUUAGAAAACCAUAUGUUUAGGGAAGAGGUCAUUUGUUAUAGAGCAGGGAUGGGGUACAUGUGGACCUAUAAGUUGUUGUUGCUGGACUCCAGCUUCCAUUAACCCCAGCCGGCAUGGCCAGUGGUCAAGUAUGAUGGGAGUUAAAUCCCAAUGUGAUUUGGAGAGCCAAGGGUCUCAGUCCCUGAUGUAGAGUGAUAUUAAUGCACAUGGGUCAAUCUCCACUGUAAUUUUAAAGUUGUGCUAUUAGUAGUAUUAGCAUUACUACUUUUUUAUCUCAAAGCACAAUGUUUACAUAAGAUGAAGAAAAAUUGACAAAAUAUAUAUGAGACGAAAGCAGGGAAUAUACCAAGGAGAAAUAAAAACAGCUGUUUCAACAACAAAAAAGUUACAAAAACAAAACAUAUGGUUGAACAUUAUCAUUAAAUUUUUCAUUCCAGUAAUGAAUAAACAAUGCCCAGUGUUCUACAAACUUGUUAUCUAACUGGCAUCUUUCCCAAACCCUUAUAUAAUAUGUCAGUUCAGUCAUUUUGGCUAUUUGCCCAAUCUUUUCCUCACAGUCGUUAAACUUGGAAGCGGUUGCACUUUUCUUCUUAGCUGCCAAAUUAAUCUUGAUUGUGCACAAAAGGUUAAUAAUAAAUUCAAGAUCACGUGUCCCAACCUUUCUAGGUAUAUCACAAAAGAUAGAAUCGUUUGUGAAUCAAAUGGUAAUUGGUAAUCGAUAACAUCUUUUACUAUCCUAAAUUAUUGCUUGUCUGCCAAUAUAUUUGUAUUUUGGGGCAACAUGACCAAUUAUGAAUAAAAUCAGCUGGAGCGGAAUCAUCCCACUAGAAAUCUAAAACACACAGAUACACAUACACACCCUAAAGUAGCUCAAAAAGGAUUUGAUUGCACUGAUCCUUAAUUUUAUAUACAUUUUCUCUCAAGUUCACACAGAAUAAUUUUGAAGAAACAUUGUCCAAAAUCUAAUUCCAUGCAUUUUCUAUGAAUGUUUGAAUCUUUCCCCUAUUUUCUUUUUUUUAAAUGAUAUUUAUUGAGAAUUUUUAAAUUACAAAGAAAAAAAAGGAAAAAAACAAGAGAAAGAGAAAAAGAAAGAAAAAAGUAGAUAAAAGUAACAAUUAAACAAUACAAAUCCAUAAAAACCAAAAUCAAACAGAAAAAACAGAACACACAAUACAUCAAAAUCAAAAAGCAAAAAUAAACAAAAAAUUUAAAAACAAAUCCAAUAUUCCCAAAUCCUUAACUUUCAUUACCGGUAACUUAUUUCAUCGACCUCCUCACACCUCCCUUUUUUGUAUUCUAGUUGUUAAUUAUCUCAGCAAAUCCUUUCCAUCUUUCACUAUAUUCUGUCAUUAAAUUACCUUAAUCUAUUUUAACCUUACCUUACCAUAAAAAAUCCUAAAACUUAAAACUUAAAUCUUAUUUAUACCAAUUCAAUUGGGCCCAAUUCAAAGUGCUGGUUUUGAUCUAUAAAGCCUUAAACAGCUCUGGACCACAAUACUUCAAGGACCAACUCUCCUUUCCUCUUCCCAUAUGAACCAACCCAGACCCCAUAAUCAACAUUUGAACCCUUCUCCGUUUGCCUCCUCCACGUGAGGAGCAACACGAGAAUGGGCCUUUUCUGCAGUGGCUCCCUAUUUGUGGAAUGCUCUCCCCAGGGAGGCUUGCCUGGUGCCUUCAUUACAUUUCUCUAGGUGUCAAGCGAAAACAUUCCUCUUCUUCCAGGCCUUUGGCUAAUUAUACAAUCUAUAGCCUUUUAAACUGUAUCUGUGAGGGUACUGUUUUUGUUACUUACUAUGGUAUGUAUUUUUGCUUUCUAUAUGGUAAACCACCUUUUGAUCCUUGGAUGUUGGGCAGUAUAGAAAUAUACAUCAUCAACAUCAUCAUCAUAUAUGACCAAAUACUUGUUUUUAGUCUCAGUAGGAGAUAUUUACGUUUCCCACUGCCGAGCAAACUAAGAGUCUUGCACACCCUAUGCCUGAUAUCGACACUAGAAGACAAUGUAAGAGGGUCAAGGCCCUUUCGUGUUGCCCUUUGCUAUGGCUCACUGGCAUGCAUGCUAAAGAGGAAGUCCUUCAGGAAGUCCUCCACACUAAAGGAAAAAUAGAAGAUAACGAUGUCCAGGUCAGGCAGUCAGGGCUUCUCUCGCCAUGUACUUCCUCCCACAAAUUGAUUUGAUGGUUUAUCCCUCCUUCAAACUGGUUUGAUGGCUUGCCCCUCUAAAAUGCUGUGUGCUUAACAAAUACCAUAUCUGAAAAUCCUGGGGUGAGGAAAGCCAAAAGAUCUUACACUAGAUGUUCUUUUUAUGGCAGUGCAUUUCCAUUAUACACAAUUCUUCCUAAUUAAAUUAUACCACUUCAACAAUUUAAAAUUUCCUAACAGUCCUAAAUCAGGGAGGACCUUAUAAAUAUUGAACAGAUGCUAAUGGUGAGACAUUUGACUCAGUUUAGGUUUAUAAAUCUUCCAUGUCUCCCAUACAACUAAUAUGUACUAAAGGACAGUGUAUUUUCUUUAAAAUCUAUUCUGUCUUAUGGCAUAAUAUAAUAAAUAGUUCAGGGGAAGGGAAUUUUCACAUCCUAGUGUCCCAAUUCUGUGCUUUUAUCAGUACCAAACAUUCCCUUGCUGCUGCUAAGGGUGAUGAAAAGUAGCAAAGAAAAAGAUUUGAUACAGCUAAUUGCCUGCUCCCAACUCUCCUGUAUGUGGCAAAGACGCAUGCCAGUUUCAUUCUCAUUUUUUGCCUCUAGCCCGAAUGAACUUAGUAAUAUAUUGUUGCCAGGUCUUUACAGUUAUCAGUAUAGAUAGGAAGAACCAUAAAUAAUGGUUUGACAAAAUUAUUAUCUUUACUGUACAGAUUGUUCCAAACCAUUAAAUCUUUAAAUUAGCCCGUAACAGAAACUUCUGCAUUUCCUUAAUCACGUUAUCCUCAAACAACCUAUUCAAGCAAUCGGAAGACUAUAUUCCAGGUAUUUAAUGACAUAGGUUUUCCAGGAAAUUUCAGAAAGGAGGUGUGCUUCAACUUUCAUUUGUUUCUCUGUGUUUAAUACCAGAAUUUUGGAUUAAAAACCCCUGAUCUUAUAACAAGAUACUUCAUUGAAAGAAGUAGCAGACAAAGUUAUUGUAAUGAAUUUUCAUUCCUCUAGUAAAGUCCGUCCAGUCCAGUCCAUAGGAUUUAUUAAUUUUAGCAUUUUUCAUCACUUUCCCCCUAGUAAAUAAUGACUUCUGGUUCUAUUGCAUUUUCAGGAAUGAAAUACUUUACUUAAAAUAUCAUAUAUAUUGUCUAGAAGACUAUGAGCACAAGUCUAACCAAGCCUAUUAAGAAGUAAGUCUUAUUGAAACAAAUGGGGCUUUCUCCCGGCUAAAUUGGGUUGGGAUUGCAGCCUCAACAAACGCUUCAGAUAUGUUGCACAUACAGCCUCUCCAUGUUUGCAUGACGAGGAGUCAUUUCCUUUGCUACUUUUAUUGCCAGGAUUUUUGCCAGCCUUUCUCAAAUUCUGUACAGCCAAUCUUCCAAUGAUUGAGGACCCCAUAACAUAGAAAGACCCUAUGCACAUACUAUAGGCUCUCCUCUACAGCUUCUUCCCUCACUCGUGAGCAGUUGGGGGAGAGGGGUAUGACAAGAUGGCAGUGGCACAGCCCCACUCUCUCCCUCCAUGUGAUCACAAUGGUGUGAAGGACACUGACCCAAAAUCACUUCUGUUGCAAUACAUUCAAAGCUUUUCCCAUGGUGUGGCUAGACUAUACCAGUUUUUGCCAACUGGGUAUUCUCCAGAUGUUUUAGACUACAACUUGCAUCAGCCCCAGUCAGCUGGCUGGGGCUGAUGGGAGUUGUAGUUCAAAACAUCUGAAGCAUAUCAGAUUACGAUACGAUACAAUAAUCUUUAUUGUCAUUGUCCCAUACAGAACAACGAAAUUGAAAAAUCUACAUAAGACAUUCAAAAACCAACAAGCCUGCUAUCCCAGCUAUCCCAAGCUGGUUAGCCCGCUAAAAACUCUGAUACCCCAUUUUUAAAUACUCCCAUAGAGACUCCUUAUAUUGCAUUUAAAACCAAAAUCGCAUUUGGGUAGAAACUGUUUCUCAGGCAGCUAGUCCUAGUCUUUAUAACCCUGUACCUUCUUCCAGAAGGCAGAAGCUGAAAGAGAUCAUUUCCGGGGUGUGCACUAUCCUGCGCUAUCUCUGCAGAUUGUUGAAGGCUCUGUGAUUCUGUUCUCUUAUGAGGAUCAUGCCUAUUUUAAAUGGAUCAGUUCCUAGACAUUUUCCCAAGCUUUUUGCUCUCUUUAAAAAACAACAAACACCACACCUUCUGCUUGCUGAUUUCUUUUCUUUUUUUGUUUAUUUAAAUAAGCUGAAAGUUUAAUUAACUGCCCUGUCACCACUGACUUUUCUCCAUCCCAAAUUACAAUAUGACCCAUAGUCUGUAUGUGUGUGAGUUUAAAAUACUGCUGAUUUUUUUCCUUGGUAACAUUCUUAAGCAAUAGAGUAUUUAAUUUCUAAGACUGAAACGAAAUGGUAUGUCCAUCUUUCAAUUACAUGGUUAUUGGUGCAAGAUCUGCAUAAAGCUGAGACUCUUACCUUAACAUCUACUGUUUGUGCUAAAACACCCGCUGUGAAGAGACAAAAUGAAUAUAUAAAUGUGAGUAAUGCAGUCUCAGGUCAAUGAAUAACAAUACCUCCAUGAAUCAAUAGGCUAAAAAAAGCUCUUGAGUCUAGAUUCUUCAUAAUACUUCUGGAAACAUUCCAACCAGAGAGACCACAUCUUGAUUUGUCCAGACUCAAUGGAUUUAUCCAACUAGGGUCCAUUGCAAUCCCUUCCUACAAUCAUCUUGCCCUCAACAACAUUUUGCAGGCAUUGAAACAGUCCUGGAUUCCCUCUCUCUCCUUUGUACCAACAAUUAUAGAUAUAAAUACAUCCUAAGGUGCUGUUUUGAUCUACUACAUAUGUGCCUUUCACAAAUUGUCUAUUCUCAUAUGCAAAAUAAUAUAAUUUCUUUUUUUUUUAAAAAAAGACCAAUUUGACAUGCAUUUUUAACAAUUGCUACUCUCCUUUUUAAAUAAAACAGGCUGCAAAAAUGGCUCCUAACUUUCAUGUUAAUUGGUUAUGAACAGCACUGGGGACAGAUUUAGGCACUUUGUAGAUUUUGUAUUUCCAAAAUAUACAGGGCCACUGAAAAUCUCUUUUGUGUCUAGCAGAAACUAAUCCCUGGGGUCCACCAAGACAAAGGGCAGGUUAUAAACAAACAAAUUAAGGUUGCAGUCUUAACCUACCAACUUGCUAUAAGUCUUAUUGAAUUCAGUUUCUGAAUAAAGAGUAUAUAGCAGGGUUGGGGAACCUGCAGCCCUUCAGAUGUUUCUGGACUUCAGCUUCCAUCAUCCCUGUCCAUUGGCCAUGUUGGCUGGGGCUGAUGGGAGUUGGAGUCCAACAACAAUUGAAGGGUUACCUUUUCCCCAACUCUGGAAUAAUAACACUUCAUGCGGCCAAUGAACUGAAUUGUGGGCCUCCAGAUGUUGUCAGAUCCCAGCUCACUUCAGGCCAAUGGUGAGAGAUGAUGAGCGUUCUAGUCCAGCAACAUCUGAAGAGCACCACGUUGGCUAACCUUGAUGUAGAUGAUGGUGUUGUCAGCCUGCCUAACUUCUGUUGACCUCUGCCUUAACAGUGCAAGCCUGCUUGUGUUUUCUCAGGAGCCCCAUUCUAUUCAGUGGUGCUUACUCCCAGGUAAAGGUGCAUAGGAUUGCAACCCAAGACUAUUACAAACUAUAUAUUUUUGAGCUCCAAUAGCAAUGGCCAUGCCAGGACUUUCCCUCCUUUCUCUCCCUCAUCCCAUUUUGCUGAACAUCCAGCCUGAGACAUUCCGGAAAAGUCAAAACUUUGCUUACUAUUUGUGAUAUUUUAGUUACCCCCAAUAAAUGUAUUACCCCACAGUAGUUUUCAGCACAGCUACUUCUCUCUCUCUCUCUCUCUCUCUCUCUCUGCAUUCAGUUACCAUCCCUCCCACUUCUAAAUAUGGAUUUCUUGCAGGAAAAAAAACCCCAGCAGCUUCAGCUUCCCUUCUCUUUUUGAAGUUUUAAACCAAAUAAUGAACUCAUUAAUUUUCAUAUUACACAGGAAGUGGGCCAGGAAAAGGAAGCUGCCCUGUUGAGGAACUUAUUAGCACAUUUGUCUCCUUUACACAGAGUAUUGAUUCAGACAUCUGAUUUGCAGGCAAACGGGGUUCAAAAGGAAUAGGGCGGAUUUGUUGAGCACACAUUCUAAGAGUGAAAAGACAGCUGAAUCUAGAGGCUCGGCCAUUGACUGGUUGAAGUUUAGAGGACUACAAAGCUAGCAUCAUUCAUUGGCAUUCCCCAGCCUGGUGCCCUCCACAUGUUGGUGGGCUAUGUAGCUUUGCAAGAGUUCCCCCCUAAUGGAUUGAUGUAGGCAUAAAUACAAGGGAAGCCUUUCUAAUCCCAGAGAACAACUCUUAAGAACCUGAGCUAGAAGCUUCCUCCUGUUUGAUUCUCUGAGCAAACACUGAUGGGCCAAAACUAGCAGAUGUACAAGAAUUGAAUGAAGCUUGACCUCCAAGUCAUGAUGGCUAUAUAUUACUGCCAGGAAUGUAGGCACAUUAUUAUUACUAUUACAGAGCCAGACAUUGGUCUAUCUAGCUAGGUAUUGUCUACACUGCCUGGCAGCAGCCAUCCAGGAUUUUCGAUGGGGGUUUCUCCCAAUCCUACCUGGAGAUGCUGGGGAUUGAACCUGGAACCCUCUGCAUGAAAAGCAGUGCUCUCCCUGGGGAAAACUGCAGUCAAAUCCGACAGUGCAUAUUCUUGUUACUUGGUGAGCUUAGGAGCUAAUGACCCCAGAGCUGUAUUGCUGAUAGGCAGAGACUCAGACCAUAGAAAUGUAAUUGGUAGAGAGGGCUCUGUGUGAUGUCAUUUCCCCCUCCUCUCUUGAGUGGGAAGAAUCAAAGAAGUAUUUCCUAUUCCUUCCCUCUCUCUUUCUCUUCGACCAGCAGGAGGACAUCUGACUGUGCCAGGGGCUGGCAGGGCUGUGAAGAAUGUGUGGUGGAGGCAGAGGACCAAAGCAGUGGCCUGUUCUCAUCCACCGCAUUCAAGAAAUCCAAUAACAGAGUUGUGCACAAUUGCACACAAUUAUCAUUGUGCGAUGCUAAUUAAAAAUAGUAUUUAAACCCAAUAAAAUGGCUAUGAUUGUAGUGCCAUACAACUUGAGGCCAGAAUUACACAGACGUUUAUGUAUGUGUGCCACCUCUCAGCCCUACCUGCCCACCAUGAUAUAAUUCACAUUCCCUGGGGAAACACAGUUCUUCCACCAUCCCCACUGUCAGAUUCCUUUCCUUCAUUUUAUGAAAUGAAUGGAUCUGGCCUGCUUUGUUUUCCAGUGGCAACAACUUCCUGAUCACAUCUGAGCUCAUCCACCUCCCAGAUGACUGCACCAUGGGCUAUAUCAUUGAACGUAAGCUAGCCGGUCACUUGGUCCCUAGUGACCUGUUCCACUCUCACCUGGAGAACUUGUACGUCAUCCAGGGUCCCCAACUUACUAAGCAGGUGAGAUGAUGCAGGAAACACCAUCUUUCCCUUGUUGGAGAGAGUGGGCACUUUCCAAAUGAACUGUUUUUGAAUGACAGUUCAGAUGCAUGAAAUUGCCCCUCCGCUAUGCAUUUGUUGCCCAGAAUCCAAUCAUCUCCUCUUGAAGUUGCACAUCGGUCGCCGUGAUAUAGCAUUUUCUCAGUCAAAUUGGGAUGUAUUGUAUUUUGUACCUGGGGGUAACAUAAUUCUUUCCCCAGAUGAACUCAUCCAUUGCUGCUGAGAUUGCUGGGGCCAGCCUUACACUUUUCACUACCGCCUGUGGCAUGAUAUCUCCCCAUCCAUUAUGUGUGACCAGAUAGCCUGCUAUUGUCUUUGAAUGGGGAUUCGCAAGACUAUCAAAAUGCGGCUGGGGUUGUCUGGAUAAGAGAGAGAGGGAGGGAGGGAGGGAGGGAGGGAGGGAAGGAGAGUCAGGAGAAGGAGAGAGGAGCAGGCAGGAAAGCAGUCAUUCACAUCAUCUCCUCAGUAAUUGUGACACUGAUUGAAUCAAUCAUGCAUUAUUUAGAGGAGGCUUUCCUGACAAAUGCUUCCCCAGACACUUCUCUGCAAUAAUAGGCAAGGGGAUGGAAAAGCAAUUAACUAGCCAAUAAAACUUCUGCCAGUCAAAGUCCAAGAAAAGGCAACUCCUUCCACUCAAGAGUAGAAGUCGUAGUGCCAAUAACUUGCCCUCUUCUCCCCUGAGGGCAGUGUGACCCAACCAGCAGAAUCACAGAGUGAAACUCUUGCUGGACUGUACCAUUUUAGAAAGCAGAGGGUAGGCCACAUAUUUCAGGUGGGGAACUUGUGGCCCUCCAGAUGUUGUUGGACUCCAGUUCCUAUUGGUCCCCUUCAGCACGGCCCAAUGGUCAACGGUGAAGGGAGGAACACCUAGCAGCCAAUGAAAAGGCUUGGUAAGUUAGAACACUUCUACUGUUGUUGCUGUUGUUAAACAAAUGUAUAUACUGCUUCAUAGCAUGAAGCCAUUGAAGCACUGUAUAAAAUAGAAAAUAACACAAAAAUGCAAACUUUAAAAACAAGGAAAUAAUUGCAACAAACUGUGAAAACAACAACAUAGCCAUUUCUGCCACUAUGCUGUUAAUAUUCCAUAAAUGACUGGGUCAGACCUUGGGGAAACCUUAAACAAAAACGUGUUCAGUAAGUACCAAAACAUUAGGCACCUGUCUAAUUUUGGCAGGUGAUUGAUUCCAGAGGGCUGGAGCUGUGAUACUAAAAGCCCAGUUUCUAGCACAAGCUAAGCACACACUGUCUCAGGAGUGCCCCAUUGUACCUGGUAUAGUGGUUUCUAUGUUGGUUUUUAAAAAAACCAAACACCAACAGCACGGGGGGGGGGGUGGAUGGUGGCAGAGAGGUUUCAUCUUGAAUACUCUAUCCCAACUAGAACUGCCCCCAUGUGAUUCUGCUGGUUAUGUCCUUCAGCUCUUUAACCUGAUCCCUUGCAUGGCAAUUGCUCGAAGGCGAAGAGCCUGGGAAAAUAUGGCUAAACCUGUGUUCCCAACAAGUCUGGAGCACCUCGAGAAAAGAAAGGUUACUAGAAACUACCCAGGCAUUGUAAUUUGGCUUUGAAUAGUUUUAAGGUAGCAGAAUGCAUGUGUGUGUAAUAAAUUGGAGAGGGCAGGAGACUCGUACGGCUGAGAAGUAUCUCUGGCUGUGAUGCGUAAAAGGAGUUUGUUGCCCACAGGGCACGUAUAUUCCUCAGUCAUCUCUCUUCCUUUCUGGUAUUUCCUUGUAGGUCACUCUCAGCUAUGGCAUUUUUGAGAAGAAGCUCAAUGUCAUCGAGCUUUCUGGUCCUUUUUCUCCACAAGAUGACCCUUCCAGGUAUCUCCCAUGAGAGCAGAUCUUUCACAACGUGCUGGCAAUGUUAAGAGGGCUUGAAGGACAAGGGUAAAAAGCCUGAAUAGAGCCAAACCGGGGGUACCAGCAGAGCUUUGGGUGGGGAUGAUGCUGAUGAGGAGCAGAAGCCUGCAGUCCUACGGCCAGAGCUGAGCUAAGCAUUUCUGCUGCUCAUGGUUUGCUCUCUUUUAUCACCCUUUAAGCUCAGCCUUUAUUGCAAAGUCUGGAACCGAAGCCAAACAUUCAAGGUUAUUCAGCCCCAAGGGGAUGGGCAGGGCGUACUUUGGCUGAGGCGCCUAUUAAAUCUACACAGAAUUAGAGGGUGAGAAGCAUCCAUCUAGGCAUUUCGCUGCAGUGCAGUGUGAGAGCAUCUGGUGUUGGAUGGGGCACUGGGGAGCACGUACUCCUCACAUGCAGCCCUUUCCCCAUCUGCAGCAAGAGCAGUCUCUUUACAUUUCUUCUCUCUCUCUCCCCCUCCUUUCUAGGUUCCGAUCGCUUCACUGCCUUCUUUAUCCAGACACUUCCUGGUGCCCACAGCCAGUCAUCCUGUGAAAACUGCUCAGAAGGUCUGACCAUGAAUGGUGGAGAAGAACAUGAAAAGAGCCCUGCUGGACCAAACCAAAGACUUACCUAGCCCAGCCUUCUGUUCUCACAGUGGCCAAGGGGCCCAGGGGCUGGCCACUAGCAGGAUAUCAAUGCAACAGUACUCUACUGCUCCUGAUCUCCAUCAACUGAUGGAGAUGCAUGUGGCAGUUCACAGCCAUCAUGGCUAGGAGCUCUUGAUAGCCUCAUCCAUCACAAAUUUGUUUAUUCCCCCUGUAAAGCUGCC